CUUUCUUUGUGCCCAAGAAUAUGGCAGAGGAGCCAGAACGUGUAGUCCAGGUCUCAGGUUUGCCCAUUUCGUUUUCUUUCACCCCAUUUUCCCAAGAAACAAACAAAAGGGCGAGCUUUUAAUGUGUACUGUGGUGUUUAGUCCUUUGUGAGAUUUCUUUGAUAUUACCUAACAAUGGAGGAAACAAGAGAAACCAUAGUUGAAGAGAGAGAAGAGGUCAUGGUUUCACUUUAUGGUGAUGAUAAAUCAUAUCUAAGAACAGCCCAUUUCCUUUCUCCAUCUUUGGCAUCCAUCGAUGAACCAGUCCCUAAGCUUCCUCCUCUCUUUUCCUCUUUUCUCCACCCCACUUUUGAGCCUGGAAAUCGGCCUUUGAAGGUCUCCUUGAGUGGUUGGUCACACCCAAAUAACAAGUGGAUUUCUUGGGUAGAGAACCUGCGUCCCAAGUAUCAGCAUCUAUGGAAAAAAGCUGGUAUUUUUUAUGCAAUUAUUAGCUCCACGUUCCCUUUCCGAAGACACAGUGAUUUGAUUAUUGGUUUGGCAGAGAAAUGGAGUCCAGAGACUAAUUCAUUCAUCUUUCCUUGGGCUGAAACAACAAUCUCUUUGGAGGAUGUGAUGAUUUUGGGAGCCUACUCUGUUUUAGGCUCCCCUGUUUUUUGCUCUGUUGAGACACAAGAACUCAAGGAGAUUGAAGAUGAACUUAAUAGGGAGCGUAAGAGGAUCCAGAAGGGGAUAUCUCGUAAUGAAAAUAUUUGGAAAUGGGAGAAGAGAUUUAUGGGAAGUGGGAGCAAUAUUGAGCAUGAAGCAUUUCUCUCAUUUUGGUUGUCAAGGUUUGUUUUCAGAUAUCCAAUCAUUAGAAAACAUGUACUUCCGAUUGCAGUUCAUUUAGCUAGGGGAAUGUGCAUGGCAUUAGCACCUGCUGUUCUAGCUAGCAUCUAUAAUGAUUUAAGUUUGCUAAAAGAAACAAUUGUUUCAACUAAACUCGAGGCUUGUGAGGCUUUCAUUUUGAGUUCGCCUCUUGUGUUAGUUCAACUCUGGGCAUGGGAAAGGUUUCCAGAAUUGCAGCCAAAGCCUAAUGUUCUCAACUAUGGUGACCCGAGAUCAGCUCGAUGGAAAGAAGUGAAUGGUGUAAGAGUUGAGAAUGUUAGGAUGGUUUUGGAUGCUGCAGGAGAGAGUUUUCAAUGGCGUCCUUAUGCUAAAGUUCUUAAUCACUGGCAGUUUCCUAAGUUCUACAAAGAAAAAGAAGAACUAGUAUCAGUUGAUCUGAGAUUGGAUGAUGAAUUAUUCUCCUUUGCUCUAUGUCUGAGGCCAUCUGAAUUGGUUGGAGUGGGAUGUAUACAACAGUACCUCCCUCAUAGGGUAGCUAUGCAAUUUGGAAUGGACCAAGAUAUUCCUUAUCAUGUUGCUCGAUACAAUGAGACCCCUGAGGGUGCUUGGGACUAUUACCUAAGGCCAAUCUAUGAUGAAAAGUUGUAUGUUCCAUCUCGUUUCUUUGAGUCUGAUGUUACUGUCAGAUACCUGAAGUGGUGGAGGAAGCAGACAAUAGUCCGGAGGAAAAGAAGUUCAAGGAAGAAAAGGAAGAGAAUCACAUGGGCUUCAGAUGGAAGAAAAGGAGAUAAUGAUGCUAGUGUUCCAGUUGGUUUUCCUCCCAAAUUUAUCAGGGUGAAAACUGAGGGCUUUGUUGAGGAAGAAAACACCAGUCAUGAAACUUCCAAUGCUACACCACUUAUGUGUGGUGUGGACAAGUCAAAAGGUCUUUCAAUGUCAGAUAGUGGAGAUUCAGCAACUAUGAAUGGUAUAGGCCAGAGAAAAUGGAAAAAAACUCCAAGCAUUUCAGAAGGAAGAAAGGAAGAUAAUGAUGCAAGUGUUCCUCCUGGUUUUCUUCCCAAAAUUAUCAAGGUGAAAACCAAGGACUUUGAUGAGGAAGAAAAACUUGAAAUGAGGUCGUGUAAAAAGCAUGACACUUCCAAUGAAACUAAUGAGAAUGAAGUUGUGUAUCAGGAGUAUAACAAAGAGAAGACUGGCAGCUUUAUUGAAGAAAGCAAUUUCGCCUCACUUCACAUGAUGGUAUCCAAACUUGAAACUAGGAUUGCUAGGCUUGAAAGAAAAGUUGAGCAGAUAAAAGCAGCAAGAAAAGGCCAGGAGGUUAAGGAGUCAUAACAAAGAUGACAACUCUGCACCUGGCCUAUAGCAAAGCUACGUAUUUGUUUGCUUUAACCACUCAAUCCACUAUAUGUCACACAUGCAUUUGAUUUUCAUGACCAUUAAUGUAUAUAAUGAAUAUAAUGAAUAUAAUGUUGAUUU